GUGCACGCGCUGAAUGCUGGUGAUUAUGUCACCUGGAAAAUCGGGUCUGGAGUAGAGGAACAAAUGGCUCCGUCCAUUAAUAUUUUUUCAGUUAGCUGAAGCUUCAAAGACACGAAGGAUAAUUCAUUCAGAAACCAGCCGGGAAUCCCUUGACUCAUGAAAAGUGGUAAAAUAUGUGAGAAGUGGGUGCGCAGAGCCCUCAGCUGAAACUGCGUGGAUGGGAGGUACUCCAGUUUAGGGACCAGAUGUGUGAGAGAGGAGGGGUACAAACUCAUCCAGACAACGGCUUCAAAAUGCUUCCUGGUCAACGAGUGUCCUAAAAAACCAACUGUAAUCAGCUCGGACCUUCGAUUGAAUGCUUCAUAUUUUAGUGUCGAAGGAGUGACCAAGUGGCCGAGAUCAGCUGCUGAAAGAGGUGCUACUCCAACAGAAACACCCCAGAUUUGACCCUUGCCUCGAGUGAUUGGCCAAAGACCAAAGACCACACAGGUGGCAUUUCUUUUCAAACAAAGGCUGACUAACAUAUGACGCCAUCAACAAAGGCAGAGUGUGAGCGGACGGGCCCGGGAUCUGUGUGGCUCCACUGCUUUCUCUGCCUGUAAAGUGUGCUGAGCGCCGCUCCACUCUGCGCUGCCAGUGUGUCUCAGCGCCUGCCUCCCACAGCUGAGAGAUACAAAGAGACCAAGACUGAGAGAGACCGCUACAGUCAUGAGGCUUUCCCUUGUAUCAGCUCCAUAGCGUCACUCUUGAGGUCUGCUUUGCUCUGGUGCCAGCUGUUCACAAUGAGGGUGAAGAGAUGAGCCUGCAGCGAACAGCCCUGUUCCUGCAGUUCCUGCCACUGGACAUUUACUAAUUCAUACAACCCAGAAGACGAUGUCCCUGUCUCCCAGAUAGCAUUUCUGAGGACCAGGCCUUCACAGCACGCAUUGUGCACCAUGGCAGGAGAGACUCAGCGAAUGCAUACUGUCAAAGAGCUGGAUGCUGAUUCCAAACUGCAGGAUGAGGGGACGGCACUGGAACAGCAGAGUGACAAAACCACAAAGGAGUCUUCAGAGCACUUUUCAAGCACAGGCACUGAGGCCAGAGCCAGCAGCAGAGGGGCCAAAGUUGAAAAACUAGAGAAGGAAAGGGACUGUCCUCAGCAGCGUGAAGCUGUUAUACGACCACAGCAGGCAGGGAAGAUUGACUUCAGAUCACUGCAGAACAGAUCGAAAUUUGCCACUGACAGGAAUUGGCCAAGUGGCAAAGGCAGCCCCCAGUCCCCGAGUGGAAAGGGCCGCAGCCGAGAGAAGGGGAAGCGGUCAGGAAAGGCAGAGCGUGGCAACCCGCAGCAGCUGUACAGACUCAGCAUUACAAAUCCACGCUCCAACAACCCCACCAUUGGCAUUGCCUACCCACAGCAGAAGGUUUCACCACCCAAGAAGUUGGAGACCAGUCGUGGCCCAGUUUCGGGCAGCUACAGAUUCCACGUUCCCAGUAUACCAGAGAGAGAGGCCGAACUACACCAAGAGGAGCUCAACUAUAGCCGCUGCUUCCAGGAGGCCUCCCCUAACCUUACCUCCCCAAGCUAUACCUCACAGGCACUGGGUUCCUCAAGUGGAACAUCAUCACACCCACAUCCGCCCCUGUCACAGCAGCAGCAGCCUGCCUCAAUGGAGAACAACAGUACACAGCCUGGCAACCAGCUAAUCCUGGCUGACUUUCAGCUGAGUGGCUCUAAUGUAUGGCAGUCUCCUGAAAGGACUUUUAAUGGUGCUAACUAUGGGGUUUCAUCACAAAAAUCCACUGCCCUCACAGAAGCCAAUAAGGCAAGUGCCUUUGUGCCUAGUCCGUUUCAAUAUGGAUAUCAUUUUCUGGAAGAAUCAACCUCUGACUCUUUUUCCUGUGAACAGAAUCCCCAAUCUCAAGACUUUACAGACUCCUCCCUAGGUUCUGUUCAUGUGACCCACAACUCAUUUUCCUUUACACCAGGAGAAGGACAAAGCAUUGCUCAAAACAAUACUCAGUUCAGUAAUGAACAGCAGUCAGAGGAUGGAAGCUCUUAUUCUCACUCCCCACAGUCACAGUUUAUUCAAGGGGUUGCAUCCUCCAUCCAGUGUCCUAGGAAUCUGAGUGAGGACUCAGCCAGCAGUGACAGCUCUGGCUCCAGCUCACAGCAGUCAGAGCAGGGGAAGACUGCCCUGCCUGAGAGCACAGACACUACUGGACAGACAGACAGUAGGGAUGCAACUAUCACCUCGGGGAGUAAGAGGAAUUGUCACCCCAAAGACACAGCUGCCAACCAAAGAACAUUCAUACAAGGAAGCAUGCACCAUGCAAGAAAUAUUUCACAAGGUCCAGGCUCCCAAAUGCACCUUUCCAGCAAAACAUUUAACAGUCCUCCAGUCAGUAACAUUCACACAGGCUCAGUGUCAUUUGAUAAAAACAUCAAUAAUAAGGUUCUAAAUAGGUUACCACACUCUUGGGAAGGUCCAACUAAGACAUAUUCACCAGCUGAUCAAAACACAAUGCAGUAUUCUGACAUGAAUGAUAAGUUUCAAUUUCAGAACCAGCCAGCACUUGACCAAAGGCCAAAUUCAUCUAAAAAUAGCAGAAUGCCCUGGCAGCAGAUACGGCCAAACUCUGCUAUGCCGAACCAAAACAGAAUUGAGUUAUCUAGGCAAAUAAGCAAUCAGAAAUUGGCUUACAUUGUUUCCCCCUCUGACUGGCAAGAUGAGACUAAAUCACAUAAACACAGCUCACUCAAAAAUCCCAGCUCUUUUCAGAACAGCAGAACUAGUGAUGGGUUUUCAAACCAACGACAAGAGACUGUAAAACAUAGCAGUAAUACAGUCUCAACUUUUAAAGUAGAGAUGAGCCACACACAAGUAUGUGAGUCCAAAAAUAAGGCGGUUUACUUCGGACUCAACCAGUCUCUUCCAGUGGCAUCAAGGAACUACAACUAUCCACCAUUACAGGUCCCACCUAUGGGACUUAUGAUGGUAUCACCCUAUGAAUCCCCCUUGCCUUCCCCAGUUCAUAACCCUACAUCUAGUAGUACAUGCUCUUCCCUCUCCCCAGUGUCUACCAGCCCUGUUAACAUCAGUUCAGAGGACAGUCAAAUGUCAAAGUCAGCACCACCUCACACGUUUUACCACCAGCCCCAAACCAAAACUCAGUUACCUUCAGAUCACCUGAGCUCUCACCCCAACCAGUUCCAUUCUGAUGCUUCACGAAACCUCCCUUAUGCACCAGACAGAGCCAAAGAUGACAUGAUGAGCUACCUGCAAAACAGCACACAUCCAAAGACAACUAUGGAUGGAAACAAAGGUUACAUGGACAGUUUUGGGGUGGAGCAUCACCAGCCUCCACCACCUUAUUCUGCACAUCAGCUGUUAGCCACCUCAUUAGCUGCAGCAAAUCUUGACCAGUUAGAUGUGCUUCUCACAUGCAAGCAGUGUGAUCAGAAUUUCAAUAAUCUGGCGUCAUUUCUAGGCCAUAAGCAAUACUGUGCUCAACACACGUUUGCACCAAGUGACCUCAAAGACAUAUCAAAGAUGGAAGACAACAGAAAGUUUCAUGCAGAACAAUCAAAAGCAGCACCACCUGUGUCAAAUGUCUCAAUGUCUCGGUGCCCAUCUGAUCUUCAUCUGUCUCUGUUGGGUCUCAAUAAAAAUGGAGAACUGAUAUCUGACAGUGAAACAAAAGGAGAGAAUAAGGAUGAUCCCAUGAAACUCAGUUUGUUCUCUGGCCCUGGUAACAUCCCUGUUCCUCUACCUGAGUUGGAAAUGGAAGAUGCCAAAUUAGACAGCCUAAUCACAGAAGCCUUGAAUGGGCUGGGCUAUCAGUCAGACAAUGCAGAGAUAGACAGCAGCUUCAUCGAUGCAUUUGCUGAUGAUGACCUCACUACUGUCAAAGCGACAUCAAACAAACAGUGUCUGAAAACCAAAGAAUCCCUGGUCUUUGAGAGCAAAAACAAACACGCAACAGAUGAUGACAAGUCUUUCACACAGGGAAAGUAUUUUUAUGACUCUGAUGUUGAGAGCCCCGAGACAGACAAACAGUGCACAGAAAGCAAACUUGAGAAAAUAUCUCUGAAUUUGGAACAAGAUGAGAAAAUUAACAUAAAAAAAGAAGUCUCUCAUAAAAAUUCAAGAGUUGCCUCAAGGGAGAAGAUGAGGGAGCAAGACAGCAAAGUGAAAGAGGCAAGAAAACUGUGCAAGAGUGAGGAGGAAAACACCAGUACACAAAGGUUUCUCUUAUCCAGCAAGUUUUCUGAGCGUUGUGGUGUUAAAAGCUUUCAGGACAGCUCCGCACUUCGAGGGUCAACGCCCUCACAGGCCUCUACAUCUCCAACCUCAAGAACUACAAUGAAAGAAAGCAAGAGGAAAAGCACUGGAGGGGGUACGUGGAGCAAGGAACUUAUUCACAAAAUAGUUCAACAGAAAAAUAAGCUCCAUAAGCUUCAUGUUAAAGGUACCAAAAACCUCCAGUUUUCUUUGGUGAUGGAGAGACUGACUCCCACUGUACAGAACCCUGCAUUUGGAGAAUACGACUAUGUCUCAGACUCAGAUGAUGAAUGUGAGCCUGUAAAGAUAGCAAGCCAAGGCCGACUAAAUCAAAGCAGUCGGUGUAAAUACACAUACACGAAAGAGUGCAAAUGGCGAGCAAGAAGUGAGAGAGACCAGGCAGCAUGGAGACAUGAGUCAAAGGAGUGUUUUGAGGUGAAAAAAAGUGAGGAUGUUUCUCUGUCCCCUGAGAAACAAGGUUCUCACCAAAGACUCAGGAGGAGGGGUAGCAGGUCAUCCACAAGCAGUGAACUCAGCACAUCUGUGAGUGUUUCAAGUGAUAGUAUCAACAGCCCCAAAAGCACUGACCGCACUGACUCAGACUGUGAGAAGAAGACAGACAUCAAAAAGAAAGAGUCUCCAGAGCAGAAAACCUAUGAAAGUUCCUCCCCACAGAAGUUAUGUAAAGAGUCCGGCACACUAGCACUGACAUUCACUAAAUCUGUUAGGAAGUGUAAUACUGACAAAGCCAUUCUCUCUGAUAACAAAGACGCUACAGAGGAUCCAAAGAAGUACCAUUCAAAUCCAGAAGUUGCUGAUCCAGUGUCAUCCUCACAAAAAGCAAAAGACACAAUGAAAAACUUGGAAAAAAGCAAAAGCUCUCAAACUAAAUCAAGAGAGAAGCUGGCAUCUCACAGAAAAGAAACCAGCACAACAGUCUGUUCAGACAGAAACACCCUACAGAGAGCCGACAAUCUGUGCCCCAAAGAAGAACCAACACAAAGUAGCAGUAUAGAUAACAAGCCACUACAGUUUGAUUCACAGUCUCCCACCAUCAACAAAGAAACUGAUUUCAAUAUUGACAGAAACACAAAGGGCAAAAGCAGAGAGGGGCCCCAAGCUGCACAGCCAGAGCUAUCAGACAGUACCACAUUUGAAAAACAGAGUGACAGCGUCUGCAUGGUGAAAGAGGCUAUUACUUUAGGCAAUGACCUAGACACACACAAGCCUGCAUCUCUUUGCACCUCUUUGAUGGAUGAAGUGUGCCUAUCUCCAACUGAAAGCCAGGGCCCACUGAUACAAAAGGAUACACUCCACCUCAUGCCCUACCCUCUGGAUCAGGAACAGGGGCUCAUGAAAUCCCCACUCUCAUUUGACACUUCGUCAAUGUUCGGGGACCUCACCGGAUUCGACAGCGGCCUUUACUCAGAUAUGCCAAUUCAGAAAGAAGGUUUCCAUUCAAUAGAGAGCACCGCUGAUAAAAAGGAAGAGUUUGUGUCGUCCUUUUCUCCCUUUCUGGAACAAAGAGACUGGAACCUUAUAGUUAGCCCGGUACUACCAGAUGAGAUAUCUCAGUACAAAGACAACUCUGAGAAAUCAAAUGAAAAGAAACCAGAUUACAAUCAUGUUCCUUUGUCUCUGCCAGAAAAAAUAAUUGACUACAGUACAAAUCUCAACAGCUGUGCAUCAGAGGAUGAGCUGGAGAUAAAGAGAAUAGUGAAUGAGCUUGAAAACCAGCUGCAGACAACUAAGUUGGAAAGCCCACCGUUACUAGCUCAGGAUGUCCCCAAGCAGCUGCAGAUGAGCAAAUUUUCACCUUUACGGCUGGGUGAUGAGUCAGAGAGUGAAGGCACUGGUCUGGGGUGUCCUGUGCAAACAAUAGAUGUGCCAGUGACCAGAAUGCCUUCAGAGCCAUUCACCGAACCAGGAAUGCCAUGGUCCAGUCCAUUCCAGUUUGAGCUUAUGGGUGGACACCACAGUCCCCACACUCCAAUUAACAAUGAACCAAGGACACUUGAACAUUUUACUGAGAAAGAAAAUGAUGCACCAGCCGUGAUUGCCACUGUCUCGAGUAUUAAAUGCUCACAGCCCCACCUUGACCAAAAAUCAGAGGAGAGGAGUGCUAAAAAAGAGACUCCUAUAGAAACAAAGGAAGAGAUUUUAGAACAGAAGCAAUACACAGAAAACCUCAUGAAAAGCCUGGAGGUGAUUUCAGACUCUAUAUUCAAAAAAGAGCCCAUUAUAUCAGAACACAAGGAGCCGAAUGUCACCUCUCUCACCAGUCAACAACAUCAAGAAAUUGAAUGUCAGGCAGCUGAUGCAGUUGAGAGAGAAGAUCACAGUGAAAAGGAAGCAAUUACCGGGAAGAAGAAUAUAUUAUCACCUCCAAAUAUCAAUGAGCGGAAGGAUGAUAUUGAAUUCAUUCUGAAUGAGUCACAGUCAUCUCUCUCCAACAGCACUGACCCCACAGUCAAUGGAAACCAGCCAAUUUCAUCGCAGCCAAGUGAGCCCUCAGAAAACAAUGAUAGCGAGGGUGAGACUAAAGUCACAUCAGACGAGGAUAUAACUGAGAAUAGUAAUUCGAUUGAGUCUGCUCACUGUUCAAGUGUGGUGACACAUGACCCACAUGUGGUUGAGGAGUCCUGUGGGAACAGUAACGCAGAAGAGAAUGUGAAUCUGUUGUUUAAAAACAAUAGUGAUGGCCACGAACAUUCGACCAGGGAUAGCCAUGAGGAAGCAGAGGCAGUGAAGGGAAUCAUUGGUCAAUCUUGCAGCCAUCCUUCAUCACCAGCUCAACCUGACCCCAGUUUAAACAUUGGCAAGAAAAUGGCAGAUGUGGUGCAAACGGCAAUGCAAGAACAAUCCACUGAAAACCAUGAUAAUCCUGGAGACAUUAGCUCAGCGCAUGCUGGUGAACUGAAACUGGAGCAUUCAGACAGUUUGAUUGAGGCAGUUGAAACAGCAAAACAAGAUCAUGUGGUUGGACUUUCUCCCUCUAAAAACUGUAACCCUGCUAAGAUUUAUGGUUCAAGUUCAACAACUGAUUUGUCAGUGGAGAUAGUCACAACGGAAAAGCCUUGCAGUCCGAUACUGGUGGAGACCAAUACAGAGAGUUCUAAUCAUUGCUCACCCUUCCAAGAUGCCCAGUCCAUAGAGGGACAAAGCAGUUUGCUGAUUCUUUCACAGUCUGAUGGCAUCAUUGACAGUGAUCCCUGCAAAGUUACUCAAUUUAACGAGUCUUUGAAACCUGAUGCACGUCUUGCCUUUGACAAUAUUCAGAAACAAGAGGAGAUUUUACAUGUUCAGGAGAUCAAAGAACAUCUUCCAGUUAAUUUCAUGGCAAGUCAGCAAAACUCACCGUGCAGAGAGGAGGUGGACGAAAGUCAUUGCCUUUUUCUACACACUGCCCCACCAACCAGUCCUCUUUUAUCAACUUCUCUCCAAACACCGAUGGAGAAAUUGGACGAUUCAUGUCAGCCACAAAGCGAAUGCAACAAUAAGUCUGUUGGUGAAGGCUCAAGCCAAAGUGUGAAACCCCCCUUAAAUAAAGAUGAUAACCAAAGUGUCAGAGAGGCUCUAAAUAGCAAUGAACAAUGA